AUGUCAAACACUGUCUCUGAUCCACUAAGAAGCGUGAAACUAGGGAGAACAGAUUGGAAAAUCAAAGUUCGAGUGAUAAGAGAAUGGAAAUCUUUUAGUAACACAGGAAAAAAUUACAAAGGCUUCAAUAUCUUGCUUUUAGAUGCAAAGAACUGUAGAAUGCAAGCUUACGCCCCAGCUCACUUAGCUGAUAAAAUAGGGCGGAUUAUUCAAAUUGGAAAAAUCUACAUGAUAAAGAAUUUUGAUGUGAAGGAGUACACAGAGAAAGACAAAUUUCGCCCUGUUCCAAUGGACCGGCAAAUUAUCUUCACUGUAGAUACUAGAAUCACGGACCUUGACGAAUCUCAGACAUUUGUGCCCAAGAAUGUCUUUGAUUUUUUCCAGUUUUCUGAUCUGAAACAUGCUGCAGAACAAGUAACCUACUUAACAGAUGUUAUAGGUAUUAUCCCAAAGACGGACAAAAUAAAGGACUUCAAUAACCGGCAUGGGAAGCCACAGAAGAACAUCAAGUUCAAACUAUCUGAUGGGAGCCGCAAGAUAAAUGUGACCUUCUGGGAUUCGUUUGCCGAAGAGUUUGUGAAAGCAAUGACUGCUGAUUUGGAGGAACCAGUAAUACUCAUUAUUGCAAGUGGGAGAAUCACCAAAUGGAAUGAACAGAUAGAUAUCUGCAACUACGCACCAACACAGUUCUAUGUUAACUAUGAUCAUCACAGUGUUCACAAGCUAAGGAAAAUGUCAAAAGAACCCGGAUUUGGCAAGCACAUUCUAUCUGGCAAGGCCAAAUCAAACAAGCUCUGCAAAAUCAGUGAUAUCUUACAGCUAGGAGAAAAUUUCAUUGAGGAUGACGUUGUAACCAAGAUUACAGUACAAGCUGUUCAAGAAAAAUCACAGUGGAUGCAUUUUGUUUGCACCUCCUGUUAUGAAACAUGUAGUAUGCGAAAUCAAGAUUUUUACUGCAAGUCAUGCGACCGGAUUGUGCCUGAACCAAACAAAAAGUAA